AUGGCUGUUAAAAAAGCUGUUCAAUCUGGGAAUAUUGAAGAUGCAAUUGAAAAAGUUAAUGAUUUGAAUCUUGAGAUUGAAGAAACUCCGGAAUUUGCACAGGAGGAGCUUGCUCCAAGGGUAGAGGAAAAUCAAAGCUUUCUAAAGGAGUUGGAGAGAACACUUGCCCUUCUGGCAUUUGAAGAUGUGAAGAAUAGACCUGUUGGAGAUCUUUUAGACAUAUCUCAACACCUAAAAACUGCAAGUGAGGUCAAUGAUGCAAUCCUUACAAGUCAAAGCCAUGAAAAAGAUCCAAAGCUUACAAGUUUAUUAAGAAUGCUUUUAUGGUCUCAAAAUCAGCUUAAUGAAAAGGCAGCUUAUCCACGCAUCACAGAUCAACCACACUUGAAGACCCCACUAAAUGGAGGGUCAAGCUGGAUUGUUAAUGACUCUAAUGCUUCAAUUGAUCAGUUUGAGACCAUCUUCUUUAAAAUUUGUCCAGCCAUCAAACUUGAUGGAUUUACUUCCCGCCAACUAAGGUUGAUUAAGUCGGUUGUAGAAAAGAGCUUCAAGGACUUAGCUUACAUCCGUGGGAAAGUAAUUGCAGGAAGAAGUGUUGUGGAUGAGUCUAUGCUUACAAGAGAGUCUCUUCCUAUUUUUAAGGAAGAAGGGCUUUUUGUCUCAACUGGAACAAUAAAUUGGGAUGGCCCAUUGAAAACUGAAGCUUCUUCCACUGGCUCCAACUCAACAAUAACAAAGAUUGUCAAAAUGCUAUUAAGAUUAAAAUUAAAUGCAAGAUAG